GCUGUCCUCAACUUCAUCACAGAGGAAAGGACAAAGGGCAGGACCUCGCAUCUGUCCUCUUUGGGUUCCUUUCUGUCGUCCCUGCAUAAAGUGUAUUUAUGUGUGUUGUGUCUCUCCUUCUUGUGUCCACUCCAAGGCUGGGGUGCCGGCCAGUUUGUACACUACUGUAGUGCCACAGCUUAAAAGAGUAGGUGCUCAAUAAAAGUUUUCCUGACUAGGGCCAAGGAUAUAUAGCUCAGUGGUAGAACAUUUGCCUGGCAUUCCUGAGGAUCUUGGUUCCAUCCCUGUGCUGCAGAACAACUCACCAGGUGGUGUGUGGCACUGCCUGAGCACUACAUUCCUUGUUUCCGCUUCACCCACAAGCUACAAUAAGUCAUCACCUUUUUAUACAUGGGACCAUUGUAGGGAUGUCGGGCAGCUGUCCUAGGCUGCACACUGCCCGAGUGCUGGAGCUAGGCACUCAGGCCAGAAUCUGACUCUGCCUCUGAGAAGCAGAUAGGUGAGACCCACUCUCCAGAUGCGGAAAUGAGGUGCAGAGAGGAGCUGGGAGGGGUUCAGUGAAUGGCCACUUGUGGCUUGGAACUUGGGUGAGCUCCUCGCCCUCCAUAGCACUCUGAAUGGGAAGCCUGAGGGGUGCAUGCAUUGUGAGGGGCUCCAUGAAUAAUUGAGAGUUGUGGGCAGGUUGGCCGUCCUGCAGCUGUCCAAGUGACGUGGGUGAGGGAGCAGUGGCCACAUCACUUCCUCGCCUGUAGGGCCACCCAACAGGUUAUAAGGCGUUGGCAGCAGCCGCAGAGCUGAGGACCCGGGUCCCGACACCCUGCCAUGGUGCACUGCGUGCUUGUCCCUGCACUUUUGCUGCUGUUAGGGGCCGCCACUGCCGCUCCCCUGGUGCCCAGGCCCCAUGAGGAGCUGACUCGCUGUCUGGCGGAGGUAGUCACUGAGGUGAUGACCCUGGGCCAGGCCCAGAAAGGACCCUGCACAGCUCUUCUCCACAAAGAGAUAUGUAAGACGGAGCUCUAUGGCUGCAUGCCCCCCAAGGAAGAGGGACUGCUGCAUGGGGACUCCAAGAAGCAGGAAGCUGGGAAGACAAGGUCCAGCCAAGAAGUGAGAGAUGAGGAAGAGGAGGCAACAGAGAGCACCCACAAGGCCGAGGGGCGAGAACAGGCCACCAUCGAGCAGCUCCACAGCCGGCUCUACCAGCAGGAGGAGAAAGAGGACAAGGAAGAAAAGGAGCCCGUGGAGACCGAGGACCUGUGGCAGAAAAGGCUAGAGGGUGGAGAGGGCCCCCAGAAGCGGAUGGCAGAGAAGGGCAGUGAUGAAGAGACAUCCCAGUUUGAGGCAGAGAAGGGUGUGGAGGUGCAGGGUAGGGGCCACAGGCUGUGGCAGGGGGCCGAGAGACAUGCAGACUCAGCGCAUGGUCACCACCACCACCAGCAGCAGCCAGAGGCAGAGGCCAAGCAGGAGGGUGCUUCAAAGCAGGAGGAGCAUGCCAUGGAGCAGCUGGAGCACAUGAGUGACGAGCUGAAGAAGGCCACUGAGAUCCUGGGGGAGGCACUCAGGAGGGAGGGCUGACCCACCUCACCCCUUCCUCUUUCCCCAGCUGUUCUUAGGGCUUAGGACUGUUGACCCCAAACCUGGCACCCCAUCUACCCUAACCUGUAAAGGAGAGAGGAGGGGGCUACCUUGGAACCAAGUGUGAGGGGACAAGUCUGAGCCAGGUGGGGGCUAGGCUUAGAACCACUCAAGGAAACACCUCCAACACCCACCAGACACAC